GUAAUUAAGUAAUUAACUAAUUAACACAUUAUUAUACGAAUUAGUUAACUCAUUAAUCACAUUUCCAAUCUGGCGAAUCUUCAUCCCCAUCUUCAAAUCCCAGCGCACGAUUUCAGAUUUCCGCCUGCAAUUUCUACCUCUUCAUUCCCGAUUCUCUGAUUCCACCCGAUCGCCAUUGCUGAGAAUUACAGAUUACAAUCGAUUUUGAAAAGAAAUGGACGAUGAAGAGAGAUGGUGCGUGGUGACCGGCGGGCGAGGAUUCGCGGCGAGGCAUCUGGUGGCGAUGCUCAUCAAGUACGGCAUGUUUUCCGUCCGCGUUGCAGAUUUGGGACCCACCGUCGUCCUCGAUUCCGACGAGGAGAACGGCGUCCUCGGCGAUGCCCUAAAGUCCGGCCGCGCGCAGUACGUGUCGGCGGAUCUCCGCGACAAAUUGCAGGUCCUCAAAGCUUGCCAAGGAGCUGAAGUUGUUUUUCACAUGGCUGCUCCUGAUUCCUCCAUCAAUAACCAUCAGCUGCAUCAUUCUGUUAACGUACAAGGUACACAGAACAUUAUUGAUGCAUGCGUCGAGCUUAAGGUAAAAAGACUUAUAUAUACUAGCUCCCCAAGCGUAGUCUUCGAUGGAGUUCAUGGAAUUUUUAAUGGAGACGAGUCAUUACCUUAUCCUUCUAAGCACAAUGAUUCGUAUUCUGCAACAAAAGCUGAAGGAGAGGCCCUGGUUAUCAAGUCAAAUGGUACGAAUGGACUCCUAACUUGCUGUAUUCGACCCAGCAGCAUUUUCGGCCCUGGUGAUAAAUUGCUUGUUCCAUCUUUAGUUGCUGCAGCGAGGGCUGGAAAGUCAAAGUUCAUCAUAGGAGAUGGCAACAACGUGUAUGAUUUUACUUAUGUUGAGAAUGUGGCACACGCUCACAUAUGUGCCGAGCGAAUUUUGGCAGCUGAGAAGACGAUAGCAGAAAAAGCUGCUGGACAGGCGUACUUCAUUACCAAUACGGAACCAAUUAAAUUUUGGGAGUUCAUGUCUCUCAUUCUUGAAGGUUUGGGUUAUGAAAGGCCAAAAAUUAAGAUUCCAGCCUGUGUCAUGAUGCCAAUUGCUCAAAUGGUGGAGUUGAUUUAUAAAAUUUUAGCUCCUUAUGGAAUGAAGGUGCCGCAGUUAACACCUUCAAGAAUCAGACUUUUAUCUCGAAACAGAACUUUCAAUUGCUCUAAAGCAAAUGACCGUCUUGGCUACAUCCCUAUUGUGCCUCUACAGGAGGGACUUAGAAGAACUAUUGAAUCAUACCCACACUUGAGGGCCAGUGUUCAAGCUAAAAAAGAUGGGCUGUCUAAAGGUUCCGAGAGUCUACUGUGGAGGAAGAAGAAGCAAAUCAUCAGUGUAAUGUUGAUACUGGCUACAUUUUACUCGAGUUUCGUAGCAACUGGAAAUACCACUGUUAGUGCAGUUUCGAAGGUUCUGUUAGCAGCAUUAGUUUUACUCUUCAUCCACGCCAAACUGUCCUAGAAAAUAUAGGAAUCGUAAUCGCAAUUUUUUAUUUUUAUUUAUUUUUGUUUUUUAUUUUUAUUUUUUAUUUUUAUUUUUUGUGUUGUCCAUUAGAAUGUGUUAUGGUGCAUGCAUAUAUAACAUUUUCAAGAUUUGCAAUUGAACUGAAUGUAUACGAAUUGUAAUGGCAAACCAAAACCAAACAAGGCCUUAUUCCAUUCGGAAA